AUGGCUCUAGAAAGUAGGGCUUAUAAAUAAAUAAUUAGAAAAAAUAUAAUAAAUUGUUAUUCGUUAAGAGCAAUAACAAAAUCAUAACAAAACAUUUGGCUAUUGCCAGAAGCAUAAUAAAUGCUUUAAAAUUAGACAAUAGAAAAAUAAGAUUGA